AUGGCGGCCCUCAGCCGGCUCGUGCCAAUCCUCCUGCUGCUGGCGCUGGCAGCCACGGAAACCAGAGCGAGCUGCGACAGCGCCGACGUGUGCUGCUCCAGCUGCACGGACGAGUGCCCGGACCCAGUCGACAGGAUAGAGUGCACCAAGCAGUGCACCGGCGUGGACUGCAGCGACGCCCAGACGGAGCAGUGCGGCAGCGGCAACGUCUGCUGCGACGACUGCGAAGCGGAGUGCCCGGGCUUCCCAACGUCCUGCGCCUCGAACUGCGUGGAUUUCGGCGGCCUGGGGUGCCCCGAGCCGCCCCCGGAGUGCUCGACGCCGAACGAGGUGCGGUGCGAGGACUGCGCGACGAGGUGCACGGGAUACCCCGCCACGUGCGAGCAGUUCUGCAAGAAGGAAGGGAUCGAGGACGGGGCUGAGUGUCUGAAAAGGGGAGAAGCUCAAGCUGCAAGGGUGGCUGGGAGCGCCUGCUUCGCCGCAAAGGCGGCCUGCGCCAUCCCCACCCUCUUCACGGGCAAUAUAAGCACAGCCGAUGAUGGGAUUCCUAUCAGUCUGAAGGACUGCUGCCUGGUCGUCAUCGGGACGUGCGCCGGCGACGUUGUCAAGAAGCACCCAUGCGACACGGGGGGCAACUACGGUACCUGCAAGGAUGCCAAAGGCUUUCUGGACGAGUACACCAAGCAAGCGGAGGAGCAGUGCAAAACAUCCAUCUGUUCCACACCUGCAUGCAAAGUCGAGCUGGCGGGUUCUCCCGAGUGCUCGUUGGGAUAG